CACAAGCCUUUUUGGCUCCAUUGUGUAAGGGGGAAAUGUGAUUCACUUGGGAUUCUUCAGCCCAACACAUUCCUGCUCAACCUGUUUCUCCAGGUAGGAGGGCUUCGGAGCAGGUCAGGCCUCUACCUCCUUCCAUUGCAGGGAGGUCUCCUGGCACAUAAAGGAGCCUUUCAUCAGUAAAUGCCAUCGUUUGGAAUUUCAUUAAGCCUCAUGUUGUUGCUUUUUGCCGACUCCAUGUGAAUGCCACGCUGUGGGCACCUUCUCCCUCUCCAUCCACAGCCUCCUAUGUGCAAGGCUUCUUGCAUCCCAGCUGGAAACAACACUUGGGCAUGGACCUUAUUUCAUAUUCCACCUCUUUAUUGUGACUCUGAUGGAGAUAUAUGGGAACAAUAAUCUGCUGCUUAUCUUCACUUCUGUUACGUCGCAAGUCAAGUCUGCAGGACGCAUUUACUGCUCCAGGGCAAGUGAUGCCAAAUCUAGUUGCUAAUUUACUCAUUGAGAUUCAUUAUCUCCAGCCAUUGCUAUUGGUUCUUGGCUCAUGGUGCUCUUCAACACUCGUCAGUGUUCUUGGGCUGAAAAGCGCUAAUAUAUAUCAAGUGAACGGCCAUCGUCCUGAGGAAAGACCCACUUCUUGGUUGCAGUUGGGUCCCAAGUCAUUGUUGGUUGCACAAUGGUGGGGAUUCAGUUGGAAAGCCACAAGUUGAAGAUCACUACUCUACCAAAUAGGAGACUGAGCCACAACCAGAGAGACACCACCUUUAGGCACCCCGUGACGGGCGACAUCUCCCCGGAAAACUUUGACUUUGAUUUACGAGACAGGCACAGCUCAGUCAUGACCCAACCAGCGAGCGGCCACAGACCUUCUAGUGUCAUCAGUGAAGGCUCCACAGAAGUCACCAAUUCUACUUCCGAGGUCAAACCAGUCAGCAAGGCCCACAAGCCCAGCCAGAAAAGCCACAGCUUUGGCAAGAGAGACCAUUCUGUCAAACGGAAUCCAAAUGUCCCAGUGGUGGUGCGAGGUUGGCUGCACAAACAGGACAGCUCAGCCAUGAGACUCUGGAAAAGGCGCUGGUUCCUUCUGUCCGAAUACUGUUUGUUUUACUAUAAAGAUCACCAGGAGGAGGCAGUUUUGGGAAGUAUCCCCCUGCUCAGUUAUGUCAUCUCACCCGUGGGACCCGAAGAUCGGAUUAACCGCAAAUAUUCCUUUAAGGCUGUCCAUGCUGGAAUGCGGGCGAAUAUUAACCAGAAAUUGUCUGGAGCUCAGCAAGAGCAUUCGGGCAUGCGCACCUACUACUUCAGCGCUGAAACACAGGAGGAUAUGAACGGCUGGAUCAGGGCAAUGAAUCAAGCUGCACUCAUGCAGACACCCCUGGGGGCACGGAGUGACAGUGACAGUGCGGAGUGGCCGGCGGCACAAUUGGAUAACCAUGUGGAUUCCUAUAAAGAGCCGGCACAGCCAGAGGGCGUCCAGAGGAAGGAGAACUACCAGAUCACCCAGGAGAAGACUCUGCCCAGCAAACCAGAAGAGCCGAGACGUGAGUCAUUGGAAGACAAUCGCUAUUCCCUCCCCAGGUCCAAGAACUUGCUCGUAUCCAGCGACGGAGAAUCGGCCUUCACCGAUUUCUCCAAAACCUAUAGAAGCCAGAAAGCUCAGCCGCAGCCUCAGACCUUGGAGAGGAACGGGACCCUCCCCAGUACCUACAGCACAAGCCCUACCCAACAGAACGGCACAGACGGGUACAGGAGAGGGUUUGUCCCCCAGGCCAAUAUGGAGAGGCGGGGCCAGAGGAGGAGCAACUUGGUUCAGGUGGAGCACUGGGUCAAGGUGCAGAAAGACAAUAAGAGGCCUUCGGAUUACACUGUUCCCAGACAUGUCGUCAAUCAACAGAACCUUCAUUUUGAGAACUACCAAACGUUGCCAAAGACCACCCGCCAGCCUUCCGGAAUGUCCCCUCCCACCAGCCGCCAUUUGCCCAGUGACUAUAAAUACGCCCAGGACCGAGUGAAGAACUACAAGAUGUCCCACCAAGAGCGUCAGGCCAACAAGGAGGGGACAGUGUGGCAGUUGUACGAGUGGCAGCAGAGGCGACAGUUUAAACACGGCAGCCCCACCGGUCCCAUUUACAUUGGGGCUACAGAUUUGGUGGAUCGGAGCAGGAGUAAAAGUACAUUAGAUGUCCCCCGGUGCAUUUCUGUUCCCCCCUCUCCGUCAGACGUCCCCCCAUCACUACCUGCAAAAGCCUUUUCCAUCAGGAGGCCGCACACCCCCGCUGAUAGGGUGACAGUUAGACCAGAGGAGAGGCAGUCGGACGCCCCCUACAUUGGAUCUCCGCAGAAGAGCCACGCCCAUGCUGUAAAGGCUGCGGCCCACAUGGACAGACGCUCGAUGCCCGCUUUUGGGUACAUGACUCACACUGUAAGUGCCCCCAGUUUGCAUGGCAAGUCGGCAGAUGACACCUACCAGCAGCUGAAGAAGGACCUGGAGUAUUUAGAUCUAAAGAUAAAAUAUAACGAACCUCUGGUCAACCUGGUUCACAGUCUGUUAAAGAAUUCCACCCCGGGGUAUCGAACCAGCAUCAACGUUGCCGGGAGAGAAUCGCUGAAAGAUCGCUCUCUGAAACCCGUCAGGAUCGCUGAAAGUGAUGUCGAUGUGAAACUGAGCAUUCUGUGUGAACAGGACCGGAUCCUGCAGGAGCUGGAAGACAAGAUCCGAGCCCUGAAGGAUAAUAAGGAUAAACUGGAAACGGUGCUGGAGGUUCUGCACAGGCAAAUGGAUCAGUACAAGGAGCAGCCGCGGCACACGGAGAAAAUUUCCUACCAGCAGAGGCUCCUACAGGAGGAUUUGGUGCAGAUUCGAGCCGAAAUGUCCAAAGUUUCUACCGAUAUGGAGAACGCUUGGAACGAGUACAUGAGGCUGGAAAACGAUGUGAUCUGCUUACGACAAAUGCUACAGGAACAAAUGAACAAAUCUCUUUCUUCUCAGGAAAAGGCCCAGAUGCAAAAGGAUUUGUGGAGAAUUGAAGAUGUUACAGCCGGACUCAGCACCAAUAAACUCACCUAUAAGGUUCUUGUAGAAUCUUUUAAGAAUCCAGAAAGGAAAACUGUGCCUUCCGUUACGCCGCCAUUCGUGCCUUCUGGGACUACAGCAUUUACGUCAGUGCGCAGCAAAUCUGUGUCCCCCCAGAACCCCUCUGUGACCCUCGUGAAGCCCACGCUGGAUGUGAGAUUAUGUGCUCAGCCCUACUCACAGACACGCUCCCACUCCCAACCUCAGCUCCUCUCCAACUCCAUCCUACAUUCACCCACAGGAGGAAAAUCAAAGCUUGAUGAAGAUGCCCCACCACGUCCCCCACUUCCGGACGUGUACAGCCCAGAGGGGCCCGAACCUUCACCCACAGCCCCUCCCCCUCCAGCGCUCCCCCCUCCCCCCAGAGACUCGUCGGUGAUCAGACACACGUCAGUUCGGGGCUUGAAACGACAGUCGGAUGAGAGGAAACGUGACAGAGAGCAGGGGGUGAAUGGAGAUUAUAGGGUCGACCUGCGCAUGUAUGUGAGUGAACCAGAACUUGCAGCAAUGGGCAACGAGUCCAACCCCCCAGCCCCGGGGUUCUUGGCUUCUGAUGCCGGCUACCAGACGUUGCCAUCCAGAGGUCUAUCUGGAUCCACCUCCCGGCUGCCGCAGUCUUCUUCUGUCACCUCGUACGUCACACUGCGGAGAGGGGUUAAUUCCGACAUUGCUAAGGAAAGACCAAAAAGUGCCUUUGAGCGGCUUUACUCUGGGGACAACCAAAGAGGCAAAAUGAGUGCGGAGGAGCAACUGGAGCGAAUGAAGCGUCAUCAGAAGGCCCUGGUCCGCGAGCGCAAGAGGACUCUGAGCCAAGGGGACAAACAGCCGGUGGCCAGUAACUCCUACUCGCAGCCCAUUCCUGCUGACAUCAGCUCAUGGAAACGGGAGCAGGACUUUGACCUGCAGUUGCUGGAGAGAGCGGCCCGGGGGCCGGGGGAACAGGAUUGGCUGAUGGCUAAGGUCGUACAUGUGACCGAGUUGGAUCUGGAACCGGAGGACUAUAAUUUGGACAUCAGCAAAGAGCUCUCCAUGCCGGAUAAGGUCGCCAUCCCUGAGCGAUACAUUGAGAUGGAGCCGGACGAACCCCUGAGCCUGGAUGAGUUAGAGGCCCGACGGCGCAAAGUGGAGAAGAUAAAGAACAUCUUGGCCCGGUCAAGCAUGCACAAUCUACAGAACUCCGUGUUUCCGGAGGAGCCGAGACUGACGGAUUUGGACUCACAGAAAGAGGAGCAGGAGCGGAUGAUCACUAUUUCCUAUGCGUUGGCCUCGGAAGCCUCCCGGCGUAGCAAACAGGUAGCAGCUCAUGCCGUGACUGAUCACUGACCUGCCGGAAUAUUCCCGGGGAAUCACCUUUCCCAACGUCCGAUGGAGAUAAAUACAGAGAUGUUGGAAUCAGAGACGCUUUCCCUUCCUCUGGACUUUCAUUCAGACUCUCCUUGAUAUUCCGGGUCACAUUCCCAGCAAUUGGCUUUUUGGGGCCAGUAAGUCCAGCCAAUCGGGUGGAUCCAUGGGAAGGCCUGGGGGUGUGUGUGUAUAUAUAUUUAUGCAAGUGGCCCAGGAUCCUUAUCACAUUCUGCUGGGGGUCACCUGGGGGGGCUUUGGCAGUACACACAGGGGUAACAGGAAAAUAAGGGCAAAUUCAUGUAAAAUAAAGUUUAUUUUCCCGACUAAACAGAACGGAUUGAGGAAAGGAAUAAAUGGGCUCAGGAGGGAGUGGUCUCAGAAUGGGUGACGUAUUGGGCUGGAGUGGGCGGUGCCCAAGUGUAGGGGAUAAUAAACCAUACAAGAUUAUGGGGGCCCCAAGUGCAGGGAGUUCCAGAAAGUCAUUGGGGUUCUGGGAAUUGGCUGAUAAACCCAAUGCUCCCAAUGUAACUGGUACUAUGAGCCUUGGGUGGGGCCGUGCCUUAUCCCUCUAUUAUUUGCAUUGACUCCUCCCCCAGACACAGACUGACCAGUGUUUGGAAGGGGGAGGGGCUCGGUGGUUCAGUGUAUGGGAAUUAAAGGGACAGUAACUUACAUUAUGGUACAGCCCACUUACUGGAUAUUUCCCAAAGGGCAGAGACCCGAUUAACGAUAUUUUCCGGAGAAAAAUAAUAAUUCAACAUUGGGUGCAGAUGUAAUUGGCGCCUCAUUAUUUUGUGUACAGUCACAUGGCCCCUAAGGUAGAGACCCCAACUGCAUAAGUUAAAGAGCAACUAAACAUUUCCAACACUAAUGGGUUAAAGCUUCCGUUUCUGCACCAAAUCUGCCCCUUGUUGCGUUUUGUAAUGAGUCAAAUUUGAGGGAAUUUCUUUUUAUUCAUUUUGUAUUUUAUAGCAGUGUAUUUCCCUGAAUGUAAUAAAUACAGUUUUUUGUAUAUUCCUUUAAUAACCACGUGUGGAAUUGCCGUGGACAAAACCGCCAGCACUGACCCCUCACGCUGACCAAGAACAAAAAUCACCUGCUAUUCAUGGGGGAAAUCUAUAAAAGAAAUAUAUUUAUACGUGAAAUCACUGUGUGUCGCCGAUAUCCCGUGUUUUACACUCGCUUUCCUAUCAGAAUUGUACAUUUCUAAUAACGAAUUGAUUGUUUUUGUAAAUCCCAAGGAUUGCUGUGGUUUGUGACUCAACUAACCCCCUCUUUGUACCGCGCCACUAAUAAGUCAUGUGACUUCAGGUUUAAUUGGAAACAAAGAUUUAUUGUUUUUUAUUUUCUAUAUUCUGACAAAAAAAUCUAUAAUUAUAUUUAGAAAUGUCUAUUUUUAACUAACACUAAACUGCCAGUAUCAGCAUCACGUCUUUGCCAAAAUUACAUCUAUUUUUUGCCUUUUUAAAAAAAAAUGUAAAUAACAAAAGCAAUAAAAAAUAUAACUGAAAAAAUUA